CUUUCUCUCUGCGGCCAUCUUGGCGACAGGUGCGGCGCCGAAGGCAGUCAGUCAGUCAGUCAGGCGGCCGACACGACAGGCAAGAUGGUGGCGGCUAAGAAGACGAAAAAGUCUUUGGAGUCCAUUAAUUCCAGACUUCAACUGGUUAUGAAAAGUGGCAAAUAUGUGCUGGGCUACAAACAGACUCUGAAAAUGAUUCGGCAAGGCAAAGCCAAGCUGGUCAUACUUGCUAACAACUGUCCUGCCUUGAGGAAAUCUGAGAUCGAAUACUACGCAAUGUUGGCCAAGACUGGUGUGCAUCAUUACAGUGGUAACAAUAUUGAGCUGGGUACAGCUUGUGGUAAAUACUACAGAGUGUGCACACUUGCUAUCAUUGAUCCUGGUGACUCCGAUAUCAUCAGGAGCAUGCCAGAGCAGAUCAGUGAGAAAUAAACACGUCUGUACAAAAAUUUGUUACAAAUAAAACUGGUUCUAUAUU